AUGGUGACAAGCAAAGACCAACGAGCCUCCAUCCUGCACCUCCAUCUGGCUGGAUGCACUGCAAAGACCAUCUCCAAGCAGCUCCAGAUUCCCUUAAGAACCGUGUACAACAACGUCAACAGGUACAAGGCGACAGGAACUAUGGAGGACAAGCCUAGAAGUGGAAGACCGAAGAGUGCAACGACAAAGGAGAUCGUGAAAAUCAUUCGAGAGAAAAUCCGCCGCCACCCUCGUAGGUCCGAGAGAAAAAUGGCUCUUGAGAUGCAAGAACGAAACAAUGGGUGGUUUGAAAGAUCUGCUGGUAAGAAAGAAGAGUUUGAAUCAGAAUUUCAUGCUCUCAUAGAAGAACUGCAAGAUAAA